GCAAGCAACCAUAUGCCGCUAGAGAGAGAGUGAGAGAGAGAGAGAGAGGAGUUCAGGUAAUGUUUCAGGAGAACAGGGGAGUUCUGGGAAGAGCCACGGCGGAUUGGAAUCUCCGAUCACUUUGAUGGAGAGGGAUUUCAUGGGAAUAGGUGGAAGCGAAUCCAGUGCAAAGGAUAGCUGCGGAGGCCGCAGGGAUUCUGUUGUGCAGUGCUUGUCUAAUAAUUCAUCUUCAACACAACAAUUCAAGCCAUUCAAGACUCAACAAGAGGAAAAGCUCAAAAACGCCAUGUUUGAUCAAAUUUCGUCCUGCGCUUUUCUCCCCAUUGGAUCCUUUCCUGCUGAGUCAAAGAUAUCCUUCAGUGUUGAUAGGCAUAAUGUUCAACAAUUUGGCUGUGCUUCUGCUCAACUUGUUCCGGUUUCUCAGAGUUCGAUACCCAUUGGGAUGAGCAGUCCUUUGUUCAAGGUUCAUGGCUCUUGCAAUGGCCCGAAUCUUGCUGCCACUGCUAUGAAGCCUCAGUCUUUGGGAUCAAGUAACAGCUCUUUGCUAGGACCAGGUGUUGGAUCCUUUGCUCCAAGGAAUAUCAUGAAAUCUCCUCCAACUACUGCACAACUCACCAUAUUUUAUGCGGGUUCGGUGAAUGUAUAUGAUGAUGUCCCUUGGGAUAAGGCCCAAACCGUUAUGCUCAAGGCAAGUGAAGGGUGCAAAGCAACUACAAAUAUUGUUCAUACAAAAACUGAAGCGCCAGUUCUUCCCCUUACCAAAGGGUCUGUUUCUGAUGGCCUGAGAAUUUCACAAUCUCCGAUGCCGGUCAACAAUCAUGCGGUGUCUUCGACUAGCCAUGGUGAGACCUCAAUGGCUAUGAACAAUUCCAUGGUAGCAGCUACUACAGCUACAGUCAUGCCUAGAGCUGUGCCUCAGGCUAGGAAGGCCUCAUUAGCUAGAUUCCUGGAGAAACGGAAGGAAAGGGUGACCAACACAAUGCCCUAUCCAUUUGAAAAAAAGGAUCCUUCAUGGUUCAAAGGCCAAGCAAAGAACUGUGAAGAAAAAGUUGACUCCCCCAGCACUAAACUGGAGAUGUAAGCUUUGUUUUUAAGCUUCAGCAAAUCAUCUCAUUAUGGGAGUUUAGCCAGAUUUCAUUCAUUUUGGAUCCCCUCUAUGUCAGGUGCUGUACACUAGUAUUUCAUUUUUAAUUUAUUUUUUUUUAAAAUGUUGAUUAAGAACUUAUUAUGCGGUUAUAAAUGAGUGUGAGAGCCUAUAAAUAUAUGGUUAAAUUUUGUUUUUAUUUUUCUUCUUUUUUUUGUAGUCCCAUGUUAUAUUUAUGAUAUCUGAUUAUGCUUUUUUCUGUAUUGUAUAUAGUUUUCUUAACUUUUUAUUUA